AUGGCGAAGUCCUCCACCUCCCCGAAGCCGGGCUCGCCCACCUCCAUGACCAUCACGAAGAACGGGAAGAACUACAAGAAGUUCGUGAAGUACCUCUCCAAGGAGCUCAAGGCGAAUGGCAAGGCUUUCGAUUUCACGAUCGCGGGCGCAAAGUGGGCCUCGCAGGAGGAGGGCCACGAGUUCAAGCUCGGGGGCAUCUCGACUGGCGCGCUCUCCAACCUGUUGCCGACAGCAAGCAUCGGCCGGCAGCCCGUCGGCGCGUCGCAGCACGACCCGCCCGCUCCCCCGUCCAACGCGCCCUCCUUCAGCGUCGUCUCGAGCGUCGCCGACUCCGUCUUCGGCGGCGGCGCCUCCCGCCGCGCUCGCAUCGCCGAGGGGCUCAACAUCAUCUGCCAGGAGAUCGGCACGAUCUCGCUCCUCGGCGCCGCCGGACGUCUCCAUGGUGGUCACGCGGCCUCUGGCUGGAACGGGAUCUACCUCGCAAGCGAGUCACCCGGGCCGGCGCGCGUCUUCCGAGAGAAGGGCGGGACCUAG